AUGUUACAAGAAUCCGGUUUCAGCCAUGGAAGUAUAUCUUCAAGUCAUCCUAAGUAUGUACGCAAGGGUGGUUUGGAUGCUCGAUUGAUGAUAACAUGGACAGAUGCUAACCCAGGCUGUCAUUUCUAUGGAUGUGAUAUCUAUAAGGUUCAAGGUUUCAAGAAAUGUAAUCACUUUGUUUGGUUGGAUGAGGAUAUGAAUCCUAGGGCAAAAGAGUUAAUAUCUGCUAUAUUAAAUAACAUAAAUGAAGAGAAGGCGACGAUUAAAUCUUACAAAGAAAAAGAGGAAGAAUUGAAGAUGAAAGUGAAUAUGUUGAAGAAACAGUUGAAGAUUAAUUGGAUGUUAUUGUUUGUUAUGUUGUUUGCAUUUGUUGGGACAACAUUGAUGAAAUAUGUUGUAGGUUAA